AAGCCUUCACAGGGGAUAAGCUUAUCAGGCGUUUUUAUCGCUUCAACCUCAUUUAAACUGGUCGAUAGUAGGAUGCCCUCUCGGCGAGGUUUUGCCUUCAGUUCAGGAAAUAGGACCUAAGCUUAUCUUAGGUUUCUGUUAAAAAAGGGACGAUAUCCAACAAUACAUUAUCUUCCACUGUCAAAUUGUCUUGUUAAAUGUCGAGUCACACAGUAAACUAAAUCAACUGCUCAGACAGACACACAUCGUCACAGCUUGAUUGUCGUUGGAUGACUUUGAAGAAGUUUAGAGUCUGUCGAGCGAAGCGUCUCUCUGUGCGGGUUAUUAAUGACAACCAGGCGUGGGAAGUGUAUGUGUACGUGGAAAGGGAAAUUUGAGGUGUGUACGCCUAUCGGUAGCAGUAAUUGAUUGAACUCCCUGAACUGUGUGUAGUCAUCGGCGUACGAUAAGAUAUGGCGUUAUUAACCAACAAGGCGUUACGCGCGAGAACCAUUCUCAACGAUUGAGGCGAGCCGUGUGCGCGCGCUCGCCCGGAGAUGGUUUAAUUAUUCAUUUUGCGUUUAAUUUGCAACCAUUGACGGUAGCCGGUAGAUGCGGUUGUAUGUAUGUGCGGACUCAUCUCACUCAUCCCAGAAGGUCAUAGGAAAUGAUUCAAUUAAUAGUCAUCAUCAAAUUGAGUGCCUGGAGAGUGAGUGUGUGGCGCUAGUCUGACAGAACGCGUUGACUACAGCGUACGAAUUUUGGUGAUCGUCCUACAUUCAUCAACAAAGCAUUUGAAGUAGCUAUCAUUCGACACAGGAAUCUUCUUCAAAAUGGAGUUUUAUUUACUAUACGUCGGCGGAAUUGUAUCCCUAUUGGUGGCGCUGUACAUCUACCUGACGUACAACAACGAUUUCUUCAAGAAAUACCCCAUACCCUGCCUGCCAGUGGAACCACUUUUCGGUAGCUGUCGUCAGUUAGUGCUCAAGCAGAUGUCAUUCAAUGAUUUUGUCCGCUCUAACUACGAUCGAUUCCCAGGCGCAAAAAUAUUUGGAAUGUUUGAGGUGUUAACGCCGAUGUUUGUCAUUCGUGAUCCCGAGCUGAUCAAGCAGAUCACAGUGAAGGAUUUCGAUCACUUUAUCAACCAUCGCCCAUUGAUAAAAGCAGAUAGUUCAAUGCCCAACUCGUCCGUUAUGUUCACGAAAGUACUGUUCAACCUUAACGACCAGCGAUGGCGUAACGUUAGGACCACGCUCAGCCCCACAUUCACCGGCAGCAAGAUGCGCCAGAUGUUUGCCAUGAUCGUGGAGUGCAGUGAGAACAUGGUACAGGCACUAGCAACCGCCAACGGGCAGGAAUGUGAAGUGAAGGAUCUUUUCGUACGGUUUACAAACGAUAUCAUUGCAUCCUGUGCUUUUGGUGUGCGCAUCAACUCGUUCCGAGACAAGGAAAACGUUUUCUUUCGCUAUGGAAAGGAUCUCACGGACUUUGGUCGACUAAAGGUAUUUCUUAAGAUGAUGGGAUACCAGAUGUUCCCGAAGCUCAUGGCACGGCUGGAGAUUGACAUUUUCGAUCGGAAGCAUAUACAAUUCUUCACAGAGCUGUUUAGACAGUCGGUUCGGGAACGGGAGCAGCAUGGUCUCGUUCGUCCGGACAUGAUCCAUCUGCUCACGCAAGCGGGCAAGGGUAAGCUGCGCUAUCAACCAACAGAUCGUGUGGAAGUGGAAGGAUUUGCAACGGUACGGGAAUCGAACGAAGAGAAGAUCAUCCCAGAGAACAUGGUGAAGCUUAGUGAAAGUGAAAUGGUAGCUCAGUGUCUGAUAUUCUUUCUGGCUGGAUUCGAUACAAUUGCUACAUUGAUGUCGUUCAUUGUGUACGAGGUAACGCUAGCACCCGCAAUCCAGCAGCGUCUGUACGAGGAGAUUCAACAAGUGUCAGAGUCGCUGGGCGGAGGAUCGCUCACCUACGAUGCUCUGCAAGGUAUGCGUUAUCUGGACAUGGUUGUAUCGGAGACACUGCGAAAGUGGCCCCCAGCUCCAUCUACCGAUCGACUGUGCAACCAGGACUUUAGGAUAACUGAUGAGCGUGAUAAUGUAGAGAUCAUAAUACCCAAAGGAGUUACCGUGAACAUUCCUAUUGCUGGUCUGCACCAUGAUCCACACUUUUAUCCCGAUCCAGACCGUUUCGAUCCAGAACGCUUCAACGAUGAGAAUAAGCAUAAAAUUCCGCUCGGAGCAUAUCUUCCCUUUGGGAUAGGACCACGCAAUUGCAUCGCUUCCCGGUUUGCGCUGAUGGAAGUGAAGGCCAUUGUGUAUCAUUUGCUGCUGCAUUAUGAGUUUAAGCGCACAGAUCGCACACCAGUACCGGUACAGCUGGCAAAAGGGUUCACACCGUUAAGGUCAGAAAAGGGAAUAUAUCUGCAGCUAAGUCCACGGAGGACUAAUUAAAGUUCGCACAUGAUUUUACAAAUGUUGAGUUCACAAAUGACUGAAAUAUAUUGAAUCUCAUGUCUCUUUUUACUCACCAAACGUUAUUAUACUUGAAAUUAAUGUAAUAUUGAAAAGUAAUGGGCAAUACAGUAAAAGUAUUAUCCGACAUGACGUUUACAUUGUUAACUAUUUGUGUGCUAAAGUAUUGAAGUACUCGUCAUUUGAUGAU